AAGAAAGGUGACUGAAAGAAUUGAUGGGUAGGCGGACAAGGAAGAUCUCAAAGAAAAAGAAAAAGAGAAUUCAAUCUUGUAGUUUGGUUUAUCUCAACACUAAAGUGAUUAGAGAAGGAUCACAAAGAAGGAAAGGACGAGGAAGGUAGAGUAGGAAAUUAAUGGAGGAGAGGCCAUCGCUAGAAUUUUUACCAAGCUUUAUCGAUAAAAUUGCUUGUGAUUUAAUCGAGGAGAGUGGAAUUCAAAAUUGCAACAGAUCCUUAAGAAACCAAUUGGGAAAACAGUUAGCAAAGGAUGUUUGGGAAUUUGCUGAGCACAUAGGUAGAGUGGCAGAGAAUGAAGAUGAGGUAAUCCAGAGAAUUGAUGAAAUGGAGAAUAGAGACAGACAAGCAAAAGUAGCUAUGAUGGAUCAUGUUGCAUCUGAUGUCAAGAGGGAGACCAAGAUAGAGGCUUGUAAUAGAAGAUUUGACUGGAUAUCAAAAGCAUCAGAUGGAGUGUUUGAAGGGUUGCUAUGUGUAUGGAAUUCAAAAGUUUUUAAAAAGAAAGAGGUUUUGGAUGAGGACAACUACAUUGGUGUGUUUGGUUUAAAGGGUGUUGAGGAGGUUCAAAGGGUGUUGAGGAGGUUCCAGUUUAUAUUCUAAACAUGUACUCCCCAUGCCAAUUGUUGGGCAAAAAAGGGGAAGAGCUGUAACGUCUAAUAAAUAGCAGGAGAAGUAAUUGAUGUUUGGUAGGGGAUUUUAAUACUAUGAGAAGAACAAGUGAAUGAGUAGGGUUUAAUGGGGAUGGAAAUAAGGGAGUUUGAUGGCUUUAUUCACAACAUUGGAGUGGUUCAUUUACCCUUGGUGGAUAAGAAAUACACUUGGUACAA